AUGAAGGACAUGUCGGUGAAGAAGGUGCACUGCCGCGUCAUACUCCGGCAUCAUUCCCUGUUGAAAGAUGGUCCCUUGCCAGAGACACCCUCCACCGGCUCCACCUCCACGUGCACGACGCCAGCAUCGAAAGAUCAGAAAGAGGAUUCGUCCCAUGUGAAGAGACUGGUUCCAUGCAUCUCCGACAUUGAUCACUUUCAGCAGGGACGAGUGCUUCGGGAGGAGGUUGGCACCGGACGGGUGGUUCUGGUGCCCGUUUGGUGCCUGGGCUGGGCGCAGGCGAGGGUGCACAGUCAGAUGACUUUCACCUCCGGAGACUACAAGGACCGAUCCGUCUACGAGCUUUUCCACGACCUUGCCAGUGGUCGACUGAAGCCGGAGGACAUCGAGCCCUUGGAUGUCAUGGUGGACGGUGCCAAGCUGCUCAUCAUGCGGGGCAGCCGCCGCGGGGCCAUGCUCAGCAGCCUCCAGGGCAUGUGCCGACACAAGACGGUGUUCGCCCCUUGCCGGCUCUUCGACCGCACGGACCCCAGGAUUUCCAACCGGCUCCACGCCCUCGACAGCUCCUUUAACGGCGUGGGGCUGCAGAUGCACGGGCAUCAGCCCGAGGCGUGGCAUAUGAACAAACCGCUCUUCCGCUCUGCGUGGGAGUGGUGCGAUGAAGCCGAUGCACGAGGGAACGGCCAGGUGGGCCACCCAGCUCUCCAAGCUCCACGUUCCGAUUCAGUGAGGGAGUACACGGAUCGGCGGUCUGCAGAAGCAGUUCCAGCUGCGAGGACUUCGGCUGAGAAGCUGCGGCUGGGAGCGCAAGACUCGGUCUCUUGGCAUCGCAAGGAGCUGAAGACGGAAGCAGAGGAGGAGCUACGGAAGGCCGAUUUGCCGCUUGUGACCUACGAUGGAGGUCCCAAGGGAAAUGCAAACGAAAAGGGUGGCAUGUGA